ACUUUGCUCUUGCCAGCAGUUUGGGUCUUGACUGCAGCCUGGAGAAUUAGUUUACUGCUCGUAGUUCACUGCAGAAAGUAAACCGGGAAUGGUGGUGAAGCCUCGAGCAUGGGAUGGACAUCAUGUGCUGCAAAGUGCAACAUCUUGCAUUUACCAGGGACUAAUGGCAGGAACACGUGCUGGAACCUACUGUGCCUUGGGAAUAACCAGAGGGGAGAUGGGAUGUUACAGCCAGGUCAUUCAUGACAGCUUGCUGUGGUAUAAUUGUGCAGAGGUAAAUAAAAAUACAGGCCCUGCUAAGUAAGUGCUUCCCAUCGACAUGAGGAAGCCUUAACUCCACUGCAGGACGCAAGAGUGAGCCCUGGAAGGUCACCUGGAAGCUCUGGUCACCCGUGCUCAAGAACAGGAGAAUCUGAAGUAUCAGGGCAGAGCUAUUAAGGGGAUCAGGAGAUCAGCAAGGGUAUUUAGCAGGCUGAAAAUCCAGGGGAGGUUUGUAACCUCUGGGAGGCUGAAGUAGCCUUCAAAGUGAGAGGAAAGUCAUAAUUAAAGGAGAAAGAUGGAAAUAUUUAGCAGCACCUGUUGCAAUAGGACAAGGGUAAUAGUUUUAAACUAAAAAAGGGUCGACAUAGAUUAGAUAUAAGGAAGAAGUUUUUUACAGUGAAGGUGGUGAAACACCAGGUUUUCGGGUGAAGUGGGAGAUGCCCCAUUCCUGGAAACAUCCAAAGUCAGAUUGGACAGGGCUCUGGGCAGCCUGGUCUACUGGGAAGUGUCCCUGCUUAUUGCAGGGGGUUGGACUAGAUGACCUUUAAAGGUCCCUUCCAACCCAAACUAUUCUGUGAUUCUGUAACAAGGUUAGGGCAGAACCAUGCUUUAUAAUUUAUGAAAGUAUGUUUCUGACAUGGUUGCCCAGCAGUUAGGUUUCCUCAGCACACUGCAUUUGGCUGGCACAGGGUAUUGUUUGCUGCAGUUCACAAUAAUUGUUACUUUGUUAGAUACAGAUCCUACAAGAAUCUUGUUUUGCAGGGAUUUACGUCUGGGUCUUUAGGCAAACAGUAAAAUUGUGUAGAAAAUUAUAUAGAACUGAAGUAUUUUUAUGAAAGGGGAGAAAAUGUUAAGAGGAAACACUCCAGGGCAGACCUCUGAGAGCUGCAAGGCUGUGAUUUAGCAAUUCCCUCAGUUACUUAGGUGAUACUCACUUGUGUAGAAGGUGUGGUUGAGUCUGUUUGCACUUAGCUGAAAGCUUUCUGCCUCAGCACAGAAACAACUUUUCCAUUUUCAUAAAUGGAAUGAAGAACACUAACUGAGAAGAAAGGAUAUUAAUGGAGUAACUCCUCUAAUAACAGAUUAUCAUGAAACUCAUUCUUAAAGAAUACUUUGAUCACAAAGAAAAUUAGAAAACCCAUCUGGCAUAUGCUGUGGUCCAGUAAAGGGACUAGCAUGUUCAGUCAAAUGAGACCUCAGACAUCACAGUUGGUGGAGCUCCAUGUUCUUUAUGUCCCAGCAGAAGUGUGGAACUUCAAGCUGAAUACAGUUCCUGUAGCUCUUACUAGCAAAUUUGUCUCAGCUGGAUUUAUAAGGGUGUCUCCUCACAUCACAUUAAGAGUGCUGCGGGAGAAGCUUGGAGAAUACCUGGGUGGAGUUACAGUUGCAGAUAAAUUCACAUUUCUAAAAUGCAUUGGGAAAAAACUAGUAGUGGUGAAAGCAAAGCAAGAAACAGAGCUGGAACUGAAGUCAUUUGUUCCUCCUUAUGCACUUUAUCCUGAAUUAUAUUUAUUACCUGGAGUGGAAUACUUUGAAGAUGUUUAUCCGUUACCAUCAUCAACUCAACAAAGACAUCACUUUAAUGUAGAAGAUGAAGGGUUUGGUCAUGGAUCAAGGUUACCCAGUCUUCCCCAGCAAAAACCUGAAAAAAGCAAACCGUUUUUAAAAAGCAUACAAAGUAAGCAUCAAAAUCUGGAAGUGCAAAGUCCUGUGGAAUGGGGUGAGAAAAAACCUGUUCCAGUUUUGCACACAAAUCAUAAGCAAGACCAUAACAACAGGAUUCAAGAAGAACAGAUACAGUUUAGAGAAAAAGAUCAAAAUGGAUCCGAUGGAUCUCUCUUCACACCAAGUCAUUCAAAUCCUGCAGAUUGGGAGUCUGGAGCGUGUGACAUGGAGCAAAAUCAUCUCAGCCAAGAUCAAAAAGACCGUAACACUCCUAAGUGGAACGACAAAGCCAAAGGAACUGCUUUUACUCUUCACGUAAACCACAGUGAUGAACAAGGCCAGGAUAACCAAACACCCCGAAAUCACAUUAAAUAUCAAAAGGCAUUAACAAACAUGGAAAAUAAUGAGCACCAGAAAGAGACAAAAUUAAGAAGAGACAGAACACGGGAUGCUGAAAUUCUUAAAAUAAUGGAAAGACAAACUACAGAAUAUGUGCACAAAAAACAAAGUUUGCAGCAGUAUGGUACUAGAAAGACUAUAGCUGAUCUUGGUGAAAAACUGGAUGAUCAGGCAGAUGAAAGCAAGCAAAAUCGUCUUACUUGUCCAAAAGAAUACACUUCACCUCCUAGUCCACCUUUACUUUCUGUAAAUCCAGUUCAAGUUCCUAUACUUCAGGCAGCAAAAAACAAGAUGGUAGAACAAUUGCAACAAAUGAAGAAAGACGGAAGGCGCAUGGAAAAAACUAGAGAAGAACUGAUCAAAAAAGCUGAAGCGCUACUGGAACAAAAUAAGCUGAGGAGAUACCAUGUUCGUGAGGAAUGGAAAAAGAAGUACUUUGAAACUAAGAAAGCUACAGUUUCACUGGAGGACACUUUAAACAAAUUACGACAAGAUUUAGAGGUUUACCACCAGAAAUUGCUAUUGCAACUGGAAGCCAGAGAUAGCCAAAAACGACCAAACAAUACAACAAACUCCAAGAAUUACACAAUCAUCCGGAUUACUACAGUGCAGCAUGAACUCGAUCACCUGCAGAGGAAGCUAGAUGAUACAAAAAUGAAACUCAUAAUAGAAAUUAAGAUGAGAAAGCAGGCAGCAUCUGAUUUACGAGCACUGAGAGUGGAACUGACACAGAAGAAGAUUUAUUCUGCUUUAAUUCUCCAGUACAGAAAAUCAGGAAUUUAAUUAGAUGACAUGACUAACAUUUGUCAAGUCUACAAAAACUCUUUAAUGUAUACAGAAGAUGAGAAUUCAUUUAUAUGUUCUUGAAGUUAUCUUGUAAAAAGACAUCAACUAUAUAAAUGUUGUGGAAUUUGUAUGCUAGGCUUCUGAGGUACCGCAGCUCACAUCGUUUUAAAUCUUACUGUAAGAUUAGUCAGCUGCUUGCACAUGCAGUUAAAGCACUAAGCUGUUAUAUUUAAAGUGCAAAUUAGGGAAUUGUGUAACAUCACGGUGGUAUGCUGAUGUCCUUGAUUAACAAAAUAGCUACUAAGCAAAUAAACCUAUAAUCCAUAAUCUCCUGUUCUUAUUUUCAGGCAUGCACAUAAUUUUUGGAAAAUUAUUAAAAUACAAAAGUUCUGUAAAAAUAUAGCAACAGUAAUCCUUUAUUUAGCUAUUUACUGAAGUAUAUUUUUGUCAAUAUGCCUAUCUAUAAAUUACCAAUGUAUUACUACUAUAUUAUUAUGAAGUAUAAUCUCACCUUAUUUCAUUUCUAGUUGUUUUUGUUCCUUUACUUAUUAGGAAAGCCAAAUGGACAUUAACUGUCUUCUGUAGUUAGGGGAAGAGGGAAGCUUUCUCUUGAAUGAGCAUAAUGAUGAUCCUGGUUCAACUUACACUGUUGCAUAUUUUGCUUUUCCCUAAGUCCAAGCUCAUGCAUGUGCCAAGAUUAACAGUUCUCUGAAAGAUAAAUCAGAAAUCUCUUCCUAGUAAUUUUUUCCUAGCUCUUCUGUUUGCCUCUUUGCAAACCAGAUGUAUUACAUUAAGCAGAACAAUAAUAUUCUAGGAAUUAAUCUCAGCUAAAAAGCUGUCAAGGCUGUAUUUAUUACUGGAAGUGAAACACUCGUGGGAAAUGAGUUAUAUGAUGAGAAAAUUAUGCAGCUCUCAAAAGGACUAACUUACUAAUGUCUUGAAUCAUAUCACCCAUUAUCGAAUUUAUUUUCUUAAAGAUAGGACUUAACAAAGAUUUUUGUGCUGAAGUAUUAAAUUGACUAUUAAAACUGCAAUCACUUUUCUCAGUUCAGGGUUGAAUCCCACAUUCUCUAUUUCAGAAUCGUCUUAUUUAAGAGCAGGCAACUAGCUACUGGAAAAUCUGAACUAAAUUUAAAAAAAAAUAAUAUCAACUCACGAUUCUUGAGUUUUAUUAUUAUAAAGUUUUAUUAUUAAGGAGGAGUUUUAUUAUUAAGUCAUCAGGCCCUCAGGAUUUUGCAGGUCAGAUAUGCACUCCAGAAGACCUCUAAAUUCAGCAAAUAUCUCAGAGUAUUUUAGCAUAUGAAUGUAAGUAGUAAUACACAUUCUCAAGUACCUAUAAUAUUUGUGUAGAUACAUACCUAUUGUAUAUAAAAUGUAACAGUUUCUCCUCAAACCUACAAACCAAUGUUCUAGUGAAAAGCCUUCUGAUUUUUCAGGGGAAUUUUUUUCUUUAUGCAAGAGCAGUAGACUUCACCUUCUGUUUUCCAUCACCUGUAGCAUCAAUCAGUCAGACAACUCAUAUUAAAUCUUCUGGUCUUUUCCUCAGUAGCCAUUAUGGUAGUACUGCUAUACUACAGGAACUAUUUAGCAAGGGGAAAAAACCCAACCCAUUAAACAAAAAACCCAACUUGAACCAAAGAAACAAACUAAGAACCCCCCAAACCAACCAACCAAAAACAAAGAAACCAAACACCAGUGUGUCCCCCCCGCCAAAAAAACAAACAAAAAACCACCACCACCAAAAAAACAAACCCACAACUGACUACAUAUAUCUAAUAAAAUAAAUUUUUAAUUAAUGGAGUCACUUAAGCAGGGCGCAGUUGCAC